AUGCAAGUCGAACCGCCCAACUUUGCCUCUUCUUCGCCGCUUUCGUCGCUCGUUCCCUCUUCCGAUCCUUCCAUCGAACCUGCUCCUCCUGUUGGUGCGAGAGUCAAGGUCACAUACUCGCGCAAGCCUGCCGCACAACAAGAGGCUGAUAGCACCCGUCCUGGUCAGGAAUCCUCUUCCUCCUCGUCGCAACCUGCUUCACCCUCCGAUCACCUCUUCGAUACACCGGUGCGCUCAUACGGUCGAAACACCGCAGCUGCCGACACCGCUGAGGACCAGGAUGCAAAUGAUGUUACCAUCACUACAGCCGCCGGACACUCGCCAUCGACAACUGCACACGCUGCCAACUCUGCGAUCAAGCCCAUCACUUCCUCCUCCCUCUUCCGUCGUGUCGACUCUCAACCAUCUCAACACAGCGACAACGAUGACGAACGAGAGCAAAGCUCAGCCGAUUCCCCAGCGGUCAAUCGUCCGAACAAGUUCCAGUUUGGUAUCGCUCGGGCCAUCUACGAUUCCGACUCGGACAGCGAGGUGCCUGCUACCGGCAACGAUUCGCUCCCUGCGCGCCUAGCCAGCAAGCAAACGGGCAACACUAGCAAAGACAAACGCGACGAUGACGCCAUCAUUGCACGCAUUCGUGCCCAGCGACUGGACAACACCGACUCCGAUCCUUUCGGCGGGUCAUCUCUGUCCUCUCUGAACAUGUCUAGUCCUCAAGCGCAGUCUUCAUUGCAGAAAAGUGACGACGAGGAGAUGCCGAUCGAUGAUGCAGGAGGCAGCCUUGCCGUCUUCCGUCCUCGUGGUGCCAAGAUCUCUGCUAUGCGUGGCAAGGGUGGGCAAGCCAAGCGAUCCAAGUUCUCUUCUUCUUCUUCUGACAAGGAGGCUAGCGCGGCAUCCGAUGAUGAGGACGAGGGCGUGAACCGCAAGGCUCGCGCGUUAAAGCUGGCCAGCUCGCCAUCUUCUUCGUCGGCACCACAGGCAGAUGACCAUGACGCAGAAGCCGGACCAUCGACGGUAGCCUCGCGACGCGAAAAAAUUGCAGCGCUUGCUGCCAGAGCACGAAAGGCACAUGGCGGAGAUCAGCCCGAAGCAAACACUGAAGCAGACCCACUCAUCGAUGCCUUCCUUGGUGGCGGAAGUCCCGGGCGUAUCCCUUCGCGUUCUCCAUCUCUCGACAUCCAGGAUAGCGACGAAGCCGAACACAAUGAUGCCAUGCCAGCUUUCAUGGCUUCUAAGUCUAAGCAGUCCAAGCCCAAGAAGAACAAGUCAAAAAAGUCCAAGCGCGUCGCUGUCGAGCGAGACAUUCUCAGCGAUCUCGAAGACGACUUUGAACGUGCCAACGCCAAGGUCGCCUCAAAGCGAACUGCUUCAUCGAAGGAGAAGGCACCACCCAAGGUCAAGCCACUCAGCAAGAAGGAGCUCGAGACGAUGAACAGGCAAACUGCACGGAUCGCUCGUGAGAACCGUGCAAGACUCAGCUCUGCCUCGCAAAGGAAGACGAUCGGUCUCAACGAUCUGCUCAACAAGAUUCAGGCUAGCGAAGGCCGUGGCAAAGCUAACAACAGUGCUGAUAGCGCUACCGUUGAGCAGCCCUCUUCACAGAUUCCAUCUGGUCAGUCCAAGAGCCAGCAUGCAUCUGAUCCUAUCGAGUCCGAUCCGAUCCCCGAGCGGUCCAGCCCGCAUCCCACUUAUUCCAGCAGCCCUGUUGUUCCCGUCUCGAGGCAGCAGGAGCGUAGGCUUGGGCUUGAUCAGUUCAACAGCUCGGCCAACAUUCUUCCUGCUGGUCGUGUUCCCGGCGUGGCAACGAAGCCAGAUGACGCCGCGCAGAUGCAUCAGCUUCUCGCUGGUGCAGGUAACGACGACGACGAUGCACAUUUGCCGGACUUGGCGUUCAUUUUCAACAAGGGUCGUGAUCAGCAAGAGACUGACAGCGAGGCCAAGCGCAAACUGCAACAGCUUCGCGACAUGAAGCUUCGCCUUCUGGAGAAGUCGCGGCAGCAGCAGCAGCCGCAGCCAGGCUUGGAAAGAGCCAUCAAAACCGUCAUUGCAGAGGAGAAGAACAUGCAAUCGAAUGUCGGUCAAGCUGCCGGGGAGGAGGAUGACGACCUUGAGGUCUACAAGCCUGGCGAGGUGCUUGCUCAGAAGCAUAACCUGCCCACGACUCCCGGAAGGAAGCGACCCACCGACAUGGUCUACCGUGAACUCGAUAUCAAGCCUGGGAAGACACCUCCCGGUCGCAAGCCCUACAUCGGCACCGACGCCAAAGGCUCUCCCAACACUGCGUCCUUGGCACACAAAGCUGAUGACGCAGAGAACGAGGACAUUGACGAACUCAUGGUGUCUGACAGCCAACUUCGAAGUGCAGGCAAAGGUCUCUUUGUCGCUGCCGACCAAGCUGCUGGUAACAUCCCAGCUACACAGCCACAGCACGCAUCAACACAAGCUCGACAGGACGAGUCUCACGCGCCUCCUCCCGCUACACAAAGUUCGGCACGCACAGGUCCACUCAAGAUGACUCAAGCCCAGCUCAACGCUGCAUUAAUGCGCAAGAUGCAAACUCAGAGUCUCAAAGCUCGAUCGCAGAAGGACAUUAAGCCUACAAAAGAGGCCGUCGACAAGCAUGGACGUGCUGCCGCCCCUGACGUCAAGGGUAUGCUAGCUGGUCUCAGCGCAUCGGCAACGGCUGGUGGUCAGGCUCAGGACGGCGAGCAGGAAGCGGAUGAAGACGAGGACGACCCGGACUUCAUCAUGCCUCCUGCGCGUGAUGCUGAGUCGGUGAUUGGUAGUGAUGUCGACAUGGGCAGUGCGAGCGAGGCUGAGGCUGUUGAUGACGCUGAUGACUUGAUUGACAUGGGCAGUGCAGAUGAGGACGAGGAGAAUCAAGAUAUCGACGAACAAGGUGUGAGGGACACGAUCGAGGAUGCGGAAGAGGUGCACGAUAGUGAGAAAGAGAACGCUCCUCCACCGGCCAGCCAACAGUCUCAGCUCUCGAACGCUUCUCCAAGCCUUGGUCGCGCCCUACCGCCCAGCCGUGCUGUUAUGGAUGAUGACGAGGACGAGCUACCGGUUCCUCGUGCUACUGCUCGUCGAGGACGUCGCAGUGCGUUGGCUGAUGACGAGGAUGGUGAUGACGAAGGAGAGGAGAACUCGCUCCAGCCCGGUCCUUUCGAUCGCAGCCGUGAUAACACCAACAGCGAAGACGCAGUACAGAGUCAGAGUCCCAAUCGAGCUCGGGUCCCACUCGGCGACAUUUCCAGCCAGUCUAUCGAUCAGAGUAUUCCCUUCUCUCGCUCCAACACUUCUUCGCCAGCUGCACAACACGCUCAGCCUCCAGAUCCAACUGCUAUUCGCCGCGAUCCUAUCCUCUUCCCUCUCACUGGAGGACAGGAGGAAGACGAUUCGUUCCGUACCGACGACAUCCCUUCGCAGGCCGGCGAUCUCGGUCGCUUCUUCGAACCGACCAUGCCACCUCCUGCUGCGCCCAGAUCGCUCCUUUCGCAAGCUCCGCAGAAGUCGUUCUGGGAUCAAACGCAAACGCAGACCCAGAGUCAGACUCAGGAUCAAAGCCAGCUACCCCCCUCGACCCGUCCAGCACAGACAGCAGGUGGCGCACGAGGGCUCGAACGAGACGAGUCUGCCAACUCCGCACUUGGCGCUUUUUUCCAAGACACACAGCAAGACGAGCUGCGUGGCGAGAGUCUUGACAUCUUUGACAAUCCUAAGAAUGCCGACGGAAAGGCACGUGGAUAUACUCAGUUCUACUUUGACGGCACACCGGCUCCUUCCGCUGAUGCUCCGACCACUGGUAGCAGCGUAUGGGAUGCUUCGGCGAUGCCUCCGCCCAAAUCGACUGAAGUCGAUGCAUUUGCGGCCCUGCGAAAGGCUCAGAUGGGUGAAGCGAUGGAUUUGCUCGAUGCGACUCCCUCGGUUUUGCCCAGUUUCGACGAGAGUCAGGCUGAGCGUGAGGCGUAUGCUCAAGCUGAGGGAGGCAAGUUGGCAGCGAACAUGUCUCCGGAGAAGAUGUACAUGAAUCGGGAUGGCUUCUUUACGCAAACGAAGCCGAGUCAGCAGGCGGGAUUGUGGUCUCAGUACGAUAGCCAGAGUCAGUCGCAAAGCCAGAAUAGGGGUGGUGGUGUGUUUCAGGGUGGGCCUUGGCCUAGUCCUGCUGCUGAUGCUUGGCGGGGUAGUGAGCUCAGCAUUGCGAGUCACGUGCAAGGUGCAGAUGAGGGAGAGGAGGAUGAGGAGGAAGAUGCGCCUGUUCAGCUUAAGCGAUUGCGACGUGGUGUUGCGUUUGCUGCGUCGCCGCAAGCUGAAGAGCAGAACGACGGUGAAGAAAGCGGGAUCGACGAGAACGGUGUUCCCUCCAGCCAACCCGAGCCCAAGCCACGCAAUGCGUUCGACGUACUACGCGAAGGUCCGAUUCACGCCUCACCAUUCGAAGAGGUCAGCAAAGACAAGAAGCGCAAAUCGGCUUUCAUCGAAGGUGAAGCCGAAGAAUCAGAAGACGAAGAGCUUGGAGGUGACAAGAAACGCGGCGACGGCGGUGGACUCAAAGGCAUCAUUGGCGAUGACAAUGACAACAAUUCUGCCACUGACGAAGACGAAGAUGACGAGGACGACGCCAACGCUGAAGAUCUCCAAGAACUCGUUGACAAUGAACGCGAAGUCGAUGAAGCGGAGAAAGACGAACUCGUCAAUGCUCGUUACCGUGAAGAUGUGGAAGCACGGGAACGGGCGGAUCUCGAACUGCACACAAAAGCUGCUCAAGGUGGUUUGAGAAACCGUCGUGGACGAGCUGGUUUGAAUGGGAUUGAAGGGUUCUUGGAUGAUGAUGCGGAUGAAGAAGAGCUUCAGAGAAGGGCUGCGUUGGGGCAGCGUGUGGGUUCGGGGGCGUGGAAGAAGAGGAAGUUGGAUGGCACCGAGGAUGGGAUGGAAAAGUUGGCUGAGCAUGAAGAGGCGAAGGCAUUUGUGAGGAGUUAUGAGGGGACGCACAGGGUUGAUCAUGAGUCGGAUAAGUAUGGGUUCUUGGCGCUGCCAGAGGGUGAGAGGGAUGAUGAUGAUAGUGAUGAUAGUGAUGAUGAGGAUGAGGAUGAGGGGGAGAAGGAUGAAGAUAUGCGCGGAGGGGAGGACGAGGGUGUGGAAGAGGACGAGUUUGGACCGGUUGUGACGGCGCAGCCAAAAACAAUCAGGUUCGAUGAGGUUCGAGCUGCGGUGAGGGAGCGUAAGAAGGCUAAGAAUCGACGUGCGCUCGAUGAUGAUGAGGAUGACGACCAAACACAGGAUAAGGGUUGGGAUUCGGACGAAGAUGAUACAGAAGCUAGACUUGCUGUUGCUUUGAAGGAUCGUACUAAGCUUCCUACCACUCAGCCUUCUGCAGCGUCUCUGGAGAUCUCGAAGCACAAACAAGGUGUGGUGCAGUACGGCAAACGAACUCGUCCCUCUAACUCAGACGAUAUGGAUAUCGAUCGUGAUUCCCUACCCCACCCUUCCACCACCACCGAAGUGGAAAUUGAGGAUGAGGAUCACUCAACAUCUCUCAUGGCCCGUCUUCUCUCCCGUCCAACUCUCCCUCAUCCUUCCUCGUCGUCUCUGCGCCACUCCUCCAUGGCUGUCGAUACCCUGGAAGACGCAGAACCGGAAUGGGGUAACGACGCGAACCUUGUUCGUGCGCCGAAACCUAGCGCUAACGCUGGAACUUCGCAAAACUCUACUUCUUCCAAAGCGUCUAAAUUUGGUGCUUCACCGUUCAAUGCGAAGACCGCAGCAGCAGCGGGGAGUGAAGGGAAGAAGAAAGCUGGCAAGGCAAAUGUGGGAAGUAUGCUGUUGGGUAAACAGGGGAUUAUGAGGAGAGAGAAUGGGUUUUCUGCUUCGAGCUCUGGGUCUGGGUCGGGUAGAUGA